AUGACUACAACCAACAAGACCUUGGCCACGUCGGCGGCGAUCUCUCAGAUCAACGGAGUCCACUCCAUUCUCGCGGGGGUAUUUGCAGGCUGCGUGACUCGGUCCUGCACAUCGCCCUUGGAUGUGAUGAAGAUCCUCUUCCAAGUGAACCAUCCCACCGCGCAUCGCUCCAUCCACCACGCGUGUCAACAGCUCUACGUAUCCGAAGGCAUUCGUGGCUUUUGGAAAGGCAACUUGGCUGAGUGUUUCGGGUUCGAUCCGUAUGCAGGGGUGAAGUUUAGUAUCUUCGACACGUUGAGGUCCGAGUCGUCGGCAGCCAAUGCGCCACACAUGGAGGAGAACUUGCAUGGAGCCAUCGCUGACAUGGGCGCCAGCCUUGCCGUGUAUCCCAUGCAAGUAGUCCGCACGCAGCUUGCACUUAUGCUCCGGCCACCGCUGCUGCACAGCGUAGCUUUUGCUGGAUUCGUAGCAUGCGAACUGGAUUCCUUCGAACGGCAUCGAGCCCUCCAAACCAGAGAGGCAGCCCCGAUAGAGCCCCCGGAGGCCCUCGUUUGUGUAAAUGCGCGCCAAUUCCGCGUGAAUGCCUCGAAAAACCGUGGCGUCCUGCAUGAUGAUCCUGUCGAUCACUUGAUCGUGGGGAGCUGGUUGGGGGCUAUUGCCCAGCUCGUGUCGUACCCGUUUGACAGCGUCAAGCAGCGUCUGGAGGUGGACACCACCAAGCGGUACACGGGGAUGCUGGACUGCGUCAAACAAGUGGUCCGGGGCGAAGGGGCGAUGUCGUUAUACCGAGGGACUUUGCCCAACAUGGUGCGGGUGGUGCCGUACGCCGCCGUGAUGUUUGCCUCGUACGAAGGGACGAAAGAAUAUCUCUCAGCAUCUUCCUGGCUCGUGCAUUCGUCGCGCCAAGAUUCAGUGGCGACGUUCAACGACGCUGCCAUCUUCAGCCACGGCGGGUACAGUUCCAUGCAAGCGCAUGUGGAUUUGCGAGAAUUUGCCUUCUGAUUGGGUCAUGUGGCAAGUAUGGUGCUUGAUAUCGUGAUCUAACGCAGUGUAAAUUGCUAGUAUUACGAAAUCAUAACUCGCUCGUCGAUUGAUCCACCUAAGGUUGAGAGACAUACCCGAGAGCGAUAGCUAAGACGAGUUUAGCGUACUUUACAACUAGGUGGAGAAUUCAACGCCUCAGUUGCUCGACUUUACGGCUCUUGGAUUUCGCACCAUACUGAUCCUUGUAGUACAAAUUAUGUGCACU